AUGAAAGUCAUGAUGAAUUUAGGACUCUUAUUGAAUAGCUUGCGAGCUAAGCAAAACUCACAUGAAAUUGAAGCUCUUCUCCAAAAAGAAGAUCUUACCCUUGAAGAACUAUUAGACUUUGAAGACGAGCUUAUCUACGAAACCAGAAACAAAAACUCUCAUUUGCUUGAGUUCCUAAUCCCAAAUCAAGUGGAAAAAAUGAUACAAUAUAUCACAAUAGACCCCACAGACCUAUCUAACUCCAAAGCCUGCUAUAAAUAUCCAUUUGUAGUCAAUGAACUAUUUUCCUUAGAGUGUGUGGAAAUUUUGGAUGCAUUUUUUAACGAGCCCAAAUUUCUUGAACAAAUUUUCAACUUUUUAGAAACUCCUUCACUAAAUUUACUUCUUGCUGGGUACUUCUCUCGAGUAAUUCAAUGCUUACUUAGUCGAAAUAGCUAUGAACUCUUAUCUUUUCUAUAUGAAGGGCAUCAGCACGGAAAAAAACUGCUAAACCACUUAUACAGUAAAAGCAUAUGUGAACUGGUGGAGAAAAUACUAUGCUGUGAAGAUCAUGGGAAUCCUGCUUAUAAAAAUGAGCUUUUAUCCACAAUUGACCAGAUUUUAAAUAUCAUCUCUCCUUCAAGCUUGCCGGAGACCUCUACAAAUGCCAGCAUUUUACUCAAAAAUCUAUUGUCUUCGAAACAAAUGAAUUCCAAUUUUCAUGAAAUUUCAUCUUAUCUCUCAAAUAAUGUGCAAGAUUAGGAUUAUUAAAGUCAGGUAUUAGUCAUAUUGGUGACGCAGCCACCAAAAAUCUACGUAUAGGAGGCUCACCCGCAUUGAGAAAAAAUACCCAAUAUGUAUAGCCGUAGCCGGUACAGUUGUCUUCUUACCUUUCGGUAUCAGUCUUGAGUGGGCGGUUAUGGAUUUCUGCAGCCCUGCGACAAGCUAUUGGAAGUAGCUUGAUUUCAGGGAUUAGUUCAUUGGAGUCUAUCUGGUGCCAGAGUGCCAUUCUUUGGUAGCUACAGGAAAAUGACCGUUCCAUAUGGCCCGGCCAAAAGCCCCAUUUCUCGAGGAUGCCCAAGGGUCAGAAGGACACUGCUGGGCACCUCCAUUUCUAACCAUAGAUAGUGAAGCAGCCACAGCCUACCUGGAUACGCAUCUGCUGAGUUUCACUUGUUUCUCAGCUUCGAGUUCGUUCCAGCUAGCUGCAGCUUAAGAUCUGGACUGCUGUGCAAGAGGGCAGAUUGGCACAUGUCGCCAUAUUAAUGUUUAAUAAUGUGCAAGCAAUUCGUAACAUUUUUGAGAUGCUUUUUCAAGAUAAUAUCAUAGUUUCAAGGUCAGCUGCAGUUGUUAUAGAAGCUUUAGUGAAUCAAAUUACAGCCUGUGAUGAUGAAGUGGAAGGGCAUACUGAGAUUUCUCCAUUGAUUUCUUACAUAGUACUAAAUCUAGACAAAUUCAAAGAAAGCUUAAGCAAAGAAAACGGCGUAAAAGUGAAUACAACUUAUAAAACGACCAUUACUUCUGUUGGGGAAAACAAACUUAAAGUGAUAGAAAUCAUAAUUUCCUUAAUAAAACUCGCCCAUGAAGACUUGCUUGAUUCUAUUGCAGAAAGCUCAAUAUUAGAAAGCAUCACAGUAAUAUAUAUGUAGAGUCUAUUUAUAAAUCACCCUUGGAACUCUAUUCUUCAUAACCUAUACGAAAAGCUUAUCCAGUGCAUUUUUAGUUCCAAUCACGAAACACUCAGACAAGCUGUAAUUUUUAUAUAGAUUUUUACAAAAGCGAAGGUCCCACAAACUCUUAUAUCUUUAUCUGGAAAAAAAUAUGAAGGAAAUUUCCGUAUGGGAAUUCUUGGAUAUGUUACAAGACUAGCUAACUUAAUUAACUCUAAUUUGAAAGAUAGUGAAGAUAUAGAAGGCUGGACAGAUUUUAUGAAAACUUAUAUUUCUUUUAGGAAUGAAACUGAAUCAAAAGUAUUAGGAGGAAGAUCAAGAAUGAUGAGCUUUGAUAUGACUGAACAUACUCAUAAUGAAAAUGAGGGCGAUGCUUUUCAAGAUAUGAACUUCAAUUGUGAAUAUCAAUUAAUCAUACAAGAGGAAGAUGAAUACAAGCAGGAAGCCAGUACACUUCCGAAAGUUGAGCCUCUACAUCAAGUUAAUAAUUUUUCUGAUGUCAAUUUUUGGAAAAUUUACACAAACCCAGACUGUCUUGAAGAUAUUGACUAA